UCCCCCAACCUCUCACCUCCCGCCUUGCCGCAGUCGCGCGGCCCUCUCUGGAGAGCAAUCGGAAAUCGGCUACUUCGGCCUGCCUCUACCCAGAAGCGCGCCCUUUGAGUGCGGGGCUGGCGGCGGCCGCGGCGCGCGCGGGUGGGAGUGGCUCGCUGCUCGAGCUCCUGUAUGCGUUGAUUCCCGCCCCAGACUUCAGAGAGCGAGGUUGCUUCUUUCUCCUUUCUGCCCACCCUAGUAACUUGUUCCUCUUUGGGGCUGGCCUAACCUUAGGUUCAGUGGCCCUGCUCUUGCCCCAACAUGACUUUUGCUCAGGUGUCACAGUAGGAGCCUCAGGCUGGAGCCCUAUCCCAUGAAGAGUCUACUGGUAACUCGCCAGCCCCGCCACCAUGAACGGGGUCCUGAUCCCCCACACGCCUAUCGCUGUGGACUUUUGGAGCCUGCGCCGGGCGGGCUCAGCGCGACUCUUCUUCUUGUCCCACAUGCAUUCUGACCACACGGUGGGCCUGUCUAGCACCUGGGCCCGGCCCCUCUACUGCUCCCCAAUCACUGCCUACCUCUUGCGGCGUCAUCUACAGGUAUCUAAGCAGUGGAUCCGAGCCCUGGAAGUUGGUGAGAGCCAUGUCCUUCCUCUAGAUGAAAUUGGACGAGAGACCAUGACAGUAACCCUCAUGGAUGCCAAUCACUGCCCUGGUUCUGUCAUGUUUCUCUUUGAAGGAUACUUUGGAACCAUCCUCUAUACAGGUGAUUUCCGAUAUACACCAUCCAUGUUGAAGGAGCCAGCCUUAAGAUUAGGGAAACAGAUUGAUACCUUAUACCUAGACAAUACUAAUUGUAACCCAAGCCAAGUUCUUCCUUCUCAGCAAGAAGCUGCCCACCAGAUUGUUGAGAUCAUUCGAAAGCACCCACAACAUAAUGUGAAGAUAGGACUCUAUAACCUGGGAAAAGAGUCACUGCUGGAAUACCUGGCCCUGGAGUUUCAGACCUGGGUGGUAUUGAGUCCUCGGCGCCUGGAAUUGGCACAGCUGCUGGGCCUGGCAGAUGUGUUCACAAUGGAGGAGACAGCUGGCCGCAUCCAUGCCGUAGACCACAUGGAUAUCUGCCGUUCUGCCAUGUUGCACUGGAACCUCACCCACCCUACCAUCGCUAUUCUUCCCACAAGCCGGAGAAUCCGCAGCUCUCACCCUGACAUCCACAUAGUCCCUUAUUCUGACCAUUCUUCCUACUCUGAGCUUUGUGCCUUUGUCACAGCACUGAAACCUUGCCAGGUGGUGCCCAUUGUCAGUCGACAGCCCUUCAGGGACUAUUUUCAGGACAGCCUGAGCCCCAGACUCUCUAUUCCCCUGACUCCAGACUCUGUGCAGCAAUAUAUGAAUUCUCCUAAAAAACCAAACUUUCUCUGGCUGUUUUUAAAAAAGAGACUAAAGAGGCCAAGAACUCAGGGUGUUGUGUUUGAAUCUCUUGAGGAAAAUUCCGAUCAAUUUCAAGCUGACAGCAACUCAAAGAAGACCAAGAAUGAGAACCUUGGUGGGGACCUUGAGAAGCAGCUUUCCCUCUGCACUUUGCAGACCCAGAAGCAAUUGAGCCCAGAUCUCUGCAGCAAAGAAUGGGAUGGGGCCAUACCUUUCUCUCAGUUCCAGAAGACAGAGGCUGUGCUAACUAAGUCCAUGGAUUUUCCAGUGUACUUCAGGACCAAAGAUGAGGAAUUUAUUUCUCCAGAAACUGUAGAGGAAAUUAGUCUAGAGCCACACUUGACAUCCAAGGGAAACAGUGGCUCAAAAGCUACAGGGAAGCAUAUUACUUGGGUAGGUCAAGGUUCUCCUUUGGUUCACAGCAGCAAGUCUGCCUCUCUUCUGGCUCCUGAGUUCACAGACCUGGCACUAAAAUACCUCCUGACUCCAGUGAACUUUUUCCAGGUAAGGUUCUCUUCUAGGGGUUUUGACCAGCAAGUGGAAAAAUACCAUAAACCUUGCAGAAGUACAAGAGUACAGAAAGAUAAUCGAGCUUGAUCUGAUAUUGCAGCUUUGAAGAUAGUGGCUGAUAGCUAAUACGGAUAUUUUGUUUGGGGCCUUAACUUUGCUGUCUUCACAACAUCCCAUUGGAAUCUUAGUGUCCAUGGACUCCUUAGCUUUAUAGCUAUGUUUUAGAAACACUUUUUGUUAUGAUCUCUUCACAGUAUAUAGGAGUACAUUAAAGAUUCUGAUAAAUCCUA